UCGUAUUGUAACGAUAUCUGUAAUUUUGAAGAUGUACAGUUCUUACUUAACUUUGAUCUGAUUAAAACUCGAUAAAGUGUUUGUGUAUACUUGCGUCUAUCAUCAAUUGCAUCAUAGGGUAGAAUAAAAUUAAUAGAACGUGAUACGCGACAAUUCCGUGAUUAAUUAUUUAAAAUUUUAUGAUUCGAGCUACAUAUUACUAAAGUGAACAUUCUAUGUUUCAGGAGCGCGAAAAUAUCGAGUUAUCAUUCGGCUGUGUGUAGAUAUUGCUAUUACCAAGUUUAUAAGAGUUCCCAGAAAAAUGUGCAGAAUCACAUGCUCAAGUAAUACAGAGUGUCGCAUGAGAAUAUCAUGAUCAAUGUCUUUGUAUGCGUAGAGUUAAUUGCUCGCAUCUUUUUGGUAAAAAGAAACCAUUAACAAGACUAAAAAAAGCUCCCUUAAAAGAUGCAUGAAUUUAUUGAACUAAUUUUGAACAGUGCUUUCUUGUGGAUAUUUCUACAAACUAGCUGGAGCAUUUUAAUAAGUGUUUUUUAUUAUUUCUGCGUACCAUGGAUUGUUUGGGGUUCUGUCUUUAUCACAGUUGGAAUAAAAAUAGCCAGGAUUCCGCCGCCGAAUUUACAAAUUGUACAAGAAGUGCUUGGUGCGAAUCCCCUUUCACUGAAAAAAGAUAAUACCGUGUCCAAGGAGUACGAUAACAGAGAACAAUUUUGCAUGCGAGUGGUGGCUCAUCGUGGUGGAGGAUACGAUUUCCCUGAGAACAGCUUAACAGCUUUUCGUAAUAGUAAAGAGAAAGGUUGCAACGCGGUUGAACUAGAUGUUUGGCUCACAAAAGAUAACGUACCUAUAGUAUUUCACGAUGAGACGAUUGAUAGAGUUACUGGAAAGACUGGACUUAUCAAAGACAUGACAUGGGAUCAAUUAAAGACAUUAAAUAUUACGCACAAUUAUCCACUUAAAGAUAAGCUUGUCGACGAUGAAAAGAUUCCAUUGCUCAACGAUGUAUUAGAAAUGUGUUCGAACAAUGAACAAAGAAUAAUUAUGGAUAUAAAAGAUACAAGAAUCGAAGUUGUGCAAGCAAUUUUAGAUGCGUAUAAAAAGUAUCCAAAACUGUUUCAAAGAGCAAUUGUAUCUAGCUUUAAUCCUAUUGUUGUAUAUAUGAUUAGACGAAAAGAACCCCGAAUUGUGGGAAGCCUUGCAUGGCGACCGCAAUAUUUUUCAAGAACUUCGUAUUCAGGUUUUGAAGGUCCCGGGCCAGCACGAUACAAUAACCCAUUCAAACACAUGGCAGCUUGUUUAUUAAAUCGUUUAUACGAAUGGGCGAUUUUCCAUUGUGUAUACUAUAUUGUGGGCAUUUCCGUUAUUUUAUUACACAAAGACACGCUCAGCCAGCGCGUUGUACAAGAGUGGCAUGAUCGCGGUAUUCGUGUAAUGGCAUGGACAGUAAACUUACCAUCAGAGAAAAUUCAUUUCUCACGAUUACUUAAAGUAACUUAUUUAACGGACACAUUGUUAUAUGAAAAAGAUAUGUAGUAUUGUAUCGUAUAUUCUACAAACAUGGGUAUAUUCUAUACUAUUGGCACGCAGACCAUUUAAUUCAAUAAUCUAGUCGAUACAUCGAAACGAUGAAUUGUAUUUAUAUAUUUUAUUACAACAAUUUGGCGUUUAUUUUAUACAUAAAAAUAUUUUUUUAUUCUCAUUUAAAUUCUAAACGUGUAGGUACUAAUUCUCGUCGAUCAAAUGAAAAUACUAUUCUCUUCUGUAUUAACACGUUGCUUUAUUGUGUAUACUUUUUUUAUUAAUAUAUUCAACUUUUAUAUUAACUUGCAUUUAAAAUUAUGUAAACAUAAUUUAUACUAACGUUACGAAAUUUUCAGCGAGAACUUAAAACAUGCACAAAUUUUAAAUUACUUUAGAACCGAUAAUAU